AGCUUCCACAAAUAGAGUGGUACAGCUUACUAGCACAGCUUAAUUCAAGGUUUUUCACUGUCCCUGCUACAUCAGCACCAUGUGAACGUGUUUUCUGUAUAGCGGGACAGUGUUUCUUGUUAAAAAUUUGGAUUAAAUAAGUACAAUGACUAAGUACAAUGACUACAUCCUUAAAUAAAUCAUUGUAUUUCCACAUGUAAACCCUAUGGCUGAACUAUCGUGAUAUGUUCACUAUCAUGAUAUUAGAGUUACUAAAUAUCGUGAUAGUGAUAUUACUACUAUCGCCCAGCCCUAGAAAAAAGAGAUAAAACACUGGAAUACUUUAAACAAAUUCAAGACGUGGAAAAUGAAAUGGAUCAAGAGUGUAAAAAAAUAAUAGCAGAAAUGGAAAAAGGAGUAAAAGCAAAAAUAAAGGAGGAACAAUUUAAAGAAUUAAAAGCUGAUCUAGAAAUAGCAAAGGAGUUAAGGAAAGAUGCUCAAGAUAAAAUAUUACAAUUACGACCCAAUUUACAACUACUAACACAGAAUGAAGUUUUUGUUACUUUCGUAAAAAAUACAAAAGAAGAAGCAAAAAAUUUUAGAGAAAAGAGAAGAAAGAAGUGGGAUGAAUAUUACUUGAAGAUAGCCUGUUUAGCUGCUUUAAGAAGUAAAGAUCCCAGGACACCAGUUGGAGCCUGUAUUGCUAAAUGGCCAACAGCAAAGAGUGAUUCAAACUCAUACCGAAUAGCUGGAAUUGGCUACAACUCCAUGCCUUAUGUUGAAGGGGAAGACAACGAUAGCUUAUUCCCUUGGAAACGACAUCAUCCAAAAGCUACAGACCCUACACCUCAAGAUCCCACACAUACAGACCAUACACCUGAAGGCCCUACACCUGAAAGCCCUACAUCUAAAAGCUCUACACCUGAAAGCCCUACAUCUAAAAGCUCUACAUCUAAAAGCUCUACACCUGAAAGCCCUACAACUGAAGGCUCUACAGCUGAAGGCUAUACAACUGAAGAUUCUACAUCUGAACACUUUACAACUGAAGGCUCUACAAAAACAGAUCCUACACUAAAGCAUGCCUAUGUUGUUCAUGCAGCAGUGAAUGCUAUCCUUAACAAGACAAGAGAAAGCAUUAAAGGAUGUACAAUAUACUUGACACAUUUUCCGGACAAUGAUUGUGUUCAUGCAAUCAUAGAAGCUGAAAUAAGAGAAGUAGUUUAUCUUAAAUGGAAGAGUUGUGAUGAUGAUGAUGAAAAAGAUGAGAGAAUUAAGGAAUUGUUGGAUAAUAAUUCUGUUGAAUUAAGGGAAAUAAAGCGUGAAGAAAUAAAAGAGGAGAAAGAUCUCAAAGUUGUAACAGAACUAGAAUAUAGAAUAGCUAACAAAAGUGAUGCUGAUGCUAACAAAGCAGCAAGGACAAUGGCAAUAUCAUGGGAACAGUUUUUCAUGGGAUUGCAGAACUAUCAAAGACAAGACCAGGAGAAGAAAAGAACCCUAAAAUCAUAGUAGGAGCAUGCAUAGUGUCACCAAGCAAACAAGUAAUGGCAGUUGGAUACAGUGGAUACCCUGAAGAUAUGGAGGAGAUUAGUGAUGAUAAGUAUCAAGGAUAUUACAUGUCACAUGCUGAAUACAAAGCAAUUAUAAAAACCACAUCAGUUAAAGGAUGUACGCUGUAUGUUACUCAAGAACCUUGUUGUGUUUGUGCUAAAAUGAUAGUACAAGCUGGGAUAAGUAAAGUGAUUUACAAGAAUGAAGGGAAAGGAGAUAAAUACCUAGCUUCAAGAAAAACGCUACCAACAUGUUUGAAAAUAAGACAAACACAAGUAAAAACUGUUUGGAACAGGCCCAAGAUUCCCAGGCACUCAGAGCAAACUGCUGAGUCUCUAACAAAAGCAGCAUUCUAAAGAAAAGAAGGGGCUCCAAAAACAGCCUUCAAUUUGUAGUAGUUUUUAUUUAAAAAAACAUUGUUAGAGGUAAUAAAAAUAGAUAUGAUACCGGUAUCUUCUUUCCUUUCUUGGUCUGUUAGGCAUUUUAGUUAUAAUACAAUUGUAGAUGCAUGCAUGUAGUUUUAGUUUAUUAAAGAAACUAACCUGUAUUUAA